AUCCACACACUGAAUUGUUGAAGCACGUUCCCUCUGAGAGCACUGUCACUUUUGAAUGCAUUUAGUUUGGAAGGCGUGAAUAUUUGGAUGUGGCGGACACCAGCAUCGACCGGCCCCCUCCGUCAAGACCGUCAAAUGUUCUUCCACGCGACACUCGCCCGAAGCUUCAUCAACGCAUUAAGUGUCCGUGGAGAUGAUGACGCAGUGGACAGGCUCAAUUACUACUACACUCCACUUAUUCUAGCAGUAUGCUGUUUAGUAAUUUCUGCAAAACAGUAUGGAGGCACUCCGAUAGAGUGUUGGGUGAAUCCUCAUAGCAGAGAAUCUAUGGAAGAAUAUAUUGAAUCGUAUUGUUGGAUUCAAAAUACCUAUUGGAUACCAAUGUAUGAAAAUGUACCGGAUGAUCAUACGGCGAGAGAGGAAAAACAAAUUGGAUAUUAUCAAUGGGUUCCAUUUAUUCUUAUCGCUGAAGCUCUCAUGUUCUCACUUCCCUGUAUAUUUUGGAGACUCUGCAGCUUUCAGUCAGGACUAAACAUUCAAACAUUAAUCAACGCGGCGUGCGAUGGUCAAGCACUUUUGGAUGCUUCUGAUCGGCAAAAGGCCGUGGAAGCAAUCACCACAAAUUUCGUGGACAACCUCGACCUACAAUCUCCGAACGGAAGAAUUCGAGCCCGUGGAUGGAUUGCUCGAAUCAAAUUUUCAAGAUUUCUUUCCGGACAGUGUUUAUCGAUUUUACAUAGUUUCACGAAAUUACUGUACUCGAUGAAUGUGGUGGCACAAUUUUUGAUACUCAAUGCGUGCCUCAAAAGUAGCGAUUUCUUGUUUUUCGGAUUUCAGGUGCUCAACGAUAUCUGGGCGGGCCGCCCGUGGACAGAAACCGGUCAUUUUCCACGUGUAACGCUUUGCGAUUUCGAAGUUCGAUAUCUGGCGAAUCUUAAUCGAUAUACAGUUCAAUGUGCUCUGCUAAUCAAUAUAAUCAAUGAAAAAGUGUUCGCGUUCCUCUGGUGCUGGUACAUGAUCCUGGCGAUAAUCACCACUUGCUCGUUUAUUUAUUGGAUUGCUAACUCGUUUAUCCAUUCGGAAAAGGUGGACUAUGUCAUGAAAUUCAUCCAAAUCGCAGAGUCCAGCGAGUUUAAGAAGCUGCAAAAGUUCGAGAAGGAUGCGACAGUGGAGAGGCUUUAUACUGUCAUUGCGUUUGCGCCGCACUUGCUCGACACUUUUGUCUCGGAUUUUUUGAAAUCUGAUGGGGUCCUAAUGCUCCGAAUGAUCUCCAAUCACGCUGGAGAUAUGAUUGUCGUGCAGCUUGUCAGAAAUCUGUGGCAAGAGUUCCGAGAGCGAAAUUGGCGGGAAUUCGAAGAGCACGAGGAGAUGAAGGAUGUCGAGAUGCGACGGAUACAUGGAGGGGAACGAAUUGUUAUAUCGAAUCCUGGACAGACGAAAUCGUUUCUUUAAAUUGUAUUUUGAAAAUAGCUAUUUUGAAUUGUGUCGGGUCAUUAUAUAUUGAAAGCUAAAAAA